AUGGCUGACCAUGGAGUUGACGUCCACUCCCCUGUCGAUAUCAACGUCAGUGAGAGCAAGACAGGCCCUUCUCACCAUCAUGAUACAGUCCUUCAAGUAGACCCUUCAUCAUCCUCUGGUCCUCCAUCUAUUCAUACAAAGGCAAAUGAGGAUAUUCCCGCAAGCACAACUCGAGGAUGGCGCUUCUACGGUGCCUUUGGCACAUUAUGCCUUGUCACUUUCAUUAUUGCUCUUGACUCGACAAUUAUCUGUGUUGCAUUACCGACCAUUGCAGAAGAUAUCGGAGCAUCAGCCAUCGAAGCCUUCUGGUGCGGCACCAGUUUCCUCCUCGCCUCGACCGUCAUUCAACCUCCUGUCGCUUCUCUAUCUCAUAUUUUUGGCCGCCGACCUGCCCUGUUUGCUUCCGUAACUGUCUUUGCGGGCGGUAGCAUCAUGGCUGCCCUCGCAAAGAACGUUGCUAUACUGCUCGGAGGUCGAACACUACAAGGUCUUGGCUCUGGUGGUAUCCUUGCUUUGACAUAUGUUAUCGCUACGGAUCUUGUGAGUCUUAGAGAGCGAGGCAAAUGGUUCGGGCUCAUCUCUCUCAACUGGGCGAUCGGUAGUAUUCUUGGACCUUUGAUUGGCGGCGCCCUUGUUGAGGUGUCAUGGCCUUGGCUGUUCUGGAUCAACUUGCCAUUCUGUGGUGUUGCUUACAUCGCUAUCCCUAUCACCAUGCGCAUCAAGCGUAAGGAGGAUGCGUCGGUCAAUACAAAGAUUAAAGAGUUUGACUGGAUUGGAACUAUCAUCUUUGUUGGCUCUUUAACAAGUUUCCUGAUUCCUCUGAGCUGGGGUGGUAUUAUGUAUGACUGGAGCAACCCCCGCACUGUUAUCACACUCAUCUUUGGUAUUCUUGGCCUUGUUGCUUUUGGGUUUCACAUCAAGUUCUGCAGGAAAUACUCCCGAUGUGACCCCCUUCUGAGACCAAGCCUCUUCACCUCCCUGACAGCCCUGUCUGCAUACUUUGCUACCAUCAUUCAUGGUACCAUCGUGUGGUGUCUUGUCUACUACGUCCCUCUAUAUCAUGAGAUUAGAGGUUCGUCACCUAUCACUGCGGGUGUUGCUGUUCUGCCAUUCACUGGUACAGUAGCUCCCGCCGCUGUCGUGGUUGGACUCUUGAUUGCCAAAACGGGCACAUACAGACCCUUUAUCUGGGCCGGAUGGGUCCUCGUACCUUUGGGUAUGGGAUUGAUGAUGUUACUUGAUAGAGACACCGAGACCAUCCGAUGGGUGCUUAUCUACCUCACUGGAGGUCUUGGACUGGGUAUCCUCUAUUCAGCCCAGUCAUUUGCCGCCCAAGCUGCCGCUUCCAACUCCGACCUACCUUUCGCAGCCAGUCUGUAUGCAUUCUGUAGGUCUCUCGGGCAAGGCAUUGGUGUUGCCAUCGGGGGUGUUACUUUUCAGAACCAAUUUCGCAAGCAAAUUGAGAAGAGCACAGUGUUCGCUUCCAAGGCCGAUGAAUGGGCCAAGGAUGCCUCAGCGCUGGUCCAGGUCAUCAAGAAGUCUCCUGAUAGCAUGCAGCUCAUGAAAGACACAAUCAUCGACGGAUACAUCAAGGGUCUGCGAAUGGUUUGGCUAGUCAUGACUCUGCUGGCUUGUGUUGCACUUGUGGUGUCUUUUAUUUGUGUCAAGGCAAAGAGCUUAGACCGCAAGUUUGAGACUGAACACGAGUUGGACCAGGGAACUCUUGAGGAGAAGAACAAGAAAUCAACUGCAGAAUUGAAUGUUUGA